AUGCGCUACCGUGCGCAACAACUGCUCGGUCGCAGUCGCCCAUACCGUGCCUUGGGCCUGCCGCCGCGACGCUUCGUCCAGAUUGCGGCCACCCCGUCGUCGACCAAUCCCACCGUCGCCUCUGCUGCCGCAGACAGCACUGCUCCUGAUGCCCAAUUCGAGGUCUUGGGCAGCCCUUUUUCUCUUCUCUCGGCCUCCAUCUCGGCUUCGCAGAACCUUUAUACCCGCAAGGGCUCGCUGCUUGGCUUCCACGGCAAUGCUGAGAGCACCGUGUCCUCGCUCUCCGUCCUCGAACCCUUCCGCCGUGCCGCAUUUGGCAUUCCUUUCCUCUACCAAAAAGUCACCUCGACCGCUCCCUACACAGCCUUGAUCUCGUCCAAGUCUCCUCUCACCACCUUCUCUGUUAUUCACCUUGAUGGUCGCCUCGACUGGAUGAUCGCUCAGAGGAACGCUCUUCUUGCCUGGACCGGUCACACCCUUUCCAUCAAGCCUCAGAUCAACACUUCCUUGAGUCUCGCCCACUGGGGAAGUUCUCGCGUUACUGGCCGUGGACUUCUAUGCUUGUCGGGCAAGGGCCAGGUCUACCAGCUUGCCCUCAAGUCUGGCGAGGAGUACAUUGUCCACCCCAGCAAUGUCAUUGCUUAUAGUAUCAUGCAACACGCUCCUCAGCCCUACCGCUUCAAGUCUUCCAACUUGCGCCUGCAGAUCCCCAACGCCUUCUCCUACCUGCCCGACACCAGGUUCUUCAAGGUCGUCCGUCAAUCGACUGUCUGGCGCACCGUCGCCAACACUUUGUUCACCAUUCGCACCUGGGCCCGUCGCUCAAUAUGGGGAGACAGAAUGUUCCUUCGCUUCCAGGGACCUGCCAACAUCCUUGUGCAAUCCAGAGGCGCAAAGCUGUCCGAUGCUUUUACUGCUCGCGAUGUCAAUGAGGCCGCAGACACCCCCGCAGGCGUGCUCCAGGCUGGCAAACCUGCCACACCUGCCAGCACCGACUCGUCUCCUUCAGCACCAGUUGCACCGACUAAGCUGAGCUAUGCAACAGUGGAAGGCGAUGGCAAGGUCACCAUCACCAAGUCGUAA